AUGGAUUGCAGCUCACCUGCCAUCUCGCCUCAAAUCUUUAAUGGAGGGGCAAUGUAUUUGAAGGACUCCGUGGCAUCGAUUCAGAAUGUCAUAGUGACUGAUUGUAUUGCCAAUCAUGGGGCGGCGGUGGCAGCCUGGGGUGCAGACAGGUCGAUCAUCACAGAUAGCGUGUUUGAACGCCAUGUUGGCACUGCAUGGGGUGGUACGAUGCUCAUUGAGGAAUCAUCCAUGACCGAGUUUCAUCGGUGCCGCUUCUCUCAUGGUCAGAGUGAUUAUGGUGGCAUCCUGGACGAUGGAGGAAUAGCAUCGCCCUUGUUUACUGACUGCAUUUUUGAGUACGGGGCAUCUGUCCAUGGCGCUGGCUACUACGGUUAUGGCUCUUCACAAAGCCGGUUCAUGAACACCAUUUUUCGCAACGGAUUUUCAAGUUCAUCUGGUGGCGCUGUCUACCUGACUGCGGACACCAAGCCGGAGUUCACGAACGUCACAUUUUUUAACAAUACAGCACGUUCUGAAGCUGGAGCAGUGCGAAGCUAUGCUGCGCGCUUGCGCUUCACGAGCAGCCGCUUCACUCAAAACUCAAUUUUUGGCAAGGGCAUUGGGUGUGCGAUGCAGGCCAAUUCUGGGUAUUUGACAAUGGAAGAUGUGGACUUUGAAGACAACUCUGGAUGCCUCAAAGGUGGAGGUUUGGCAUUGUACACCGAUGCUGCAACAAUGCAGCCUUCAAUCUUUCGGCGAGUACGCUUUCUGCGAAAUCGGGCUUAUCAAGGAGGAGCUGUAUACUUGAAUGUUGGCACCUCAGGGAAUUUGGUGCAUCACGUGAUCAUUGAGGAUGCCAUUUUUGAGAGCAAUCAGGCCUUGGAAUCAGGAGGAGGCCUACAUCUUCGGGGUGGCUUCACGGUGUCUAUCAGGAAUGUGACCUUCAGCGCCAACACCGCUGGUGCAGAGGGCGGGGCCAUUGAGGUUCAGCUUCAGGAAGACGCCCCAGCAAGCAUCAGUUUAAUUGAGACCAUCAUGGAGUCCAACCACGCGAACUCAAAUGGCGGCGCAAUUGCUUGCAGUGAAGCUUCGGGAGAGCAGGUCGCCCUGAGCUUGGUGAACAGCAGUGUCCUCCGGAACACAGCGUAUGGCAAUGGAGCUGGUCUCCACUCGCGCUGCAGCAGUUUGACGGUGACUAGUAGCUCUUUUGAGGAUAAUCUUGCGGUCUUGGGCUAUGGUGGUGCCUGGAAUCUUGGUGGUUUGGAGUGCGAGGAGCAGGCCCUGUUUGUGGAUGUGAGCUUCCACCGGAACCGCGCCAGACUGGGUGCAGUGGUUUUCUUCAACGGCUUUCCAAGUUGCCGUGUGCCCGUCACAGAGUCAAACUUGUGGAACGCGUCCCAAGCUUCAGCCUGGUCUUGGUCGGACUUUGGAGCUUCGGUCACUGGAAACAUCGCAACGCUGGGCAACUUGCAGGCAACAAGCCCUGUGGUUAUUGAAGCAGCUUGCACGGAAGGCAACUGCACCGUUCUGCCAGAUGGAUUGGCAUUGCAAGGUUUCCCUGGAAUGGCACUGAGCUUUGAGGCGACCUUGAAGGACUUCUUCGGACAGGUCUACAUCGAUGACACGCUGACAGUCGAACUGGUAAAAGAUACGCAGUCUCACAGCUGCUCCCUCGUAGGUGUGGAACAGCAUCGCUUACUGGGAGGAGCGACCCGCAUCCAGGAUGUGCGGGUGCUUUCGGUGGAAUCCGAUGGAUCUGGAUGGAACCCCUCAUGUCGGGUCUCUGUACGAGUCCCUUUGUCCAUUUUUGCCUUGCAGUCCGUACGAACUGCCACGAUCCAGAUUUAUAUGGGACCUUCAGCCACCGAUUUUCCCAGCGGGUGGAUAUCUGAAACUGUUGGCAGCCAACGACAAUGCAAGGCUUGCCCUCCAGGUUCAUUUGGACGAGGAGAUCGCUGCGAAGUUUGCGAAGUGGGCAAGUUCAUGGCUGAAGAGGGAGGCAGUGAAUGCAAGAGUUGCCCGGCUGGUUAUGGAUGUCCAGCCGGGACCAGCAUUCCGGCCCCCUGUGUGCCAGGCUUUUUCCAGGGUGAGAAAGGGAGGGAAAACUGCGAGCGAUGCCCAAUUGGCUCGUAUGCCUCUGAUUAUGCGUCUACUACAUGCAGACCAUGUGGCAUGGGAAUGAUCACGGCUGAAAGCGGUUCGGUGACCAGGGGCGCUUGCGUGUGUGCUCAUGGCAAGUUUAUCACCCACAAUGGAUGUGUGGGCUGCCCAGACGGCAUGGUCUGUGUGCAAGGGCUGGAUCCUCCAAAGCAACGAGAGGGCUACUGGGCGCAGGUCAUCGAUUCUGGUCUCGGCCAGUAUUCAGUGCUCCUUUGUCGCAAUCAACUUGAGUGCCCGAAAGGCGAUCCAGAGCUUUGUGCAGACCAUCGUGAGGGCACAGCCUGCAACAACUGCUUGCCCCGAUACUAUCCGACAGACAGUGGAAGUUGCUCAGCCUGCGAGCCGACCGAUGCCUUGCCAUUUUACCUGACCAUUCUUGGAGUUUGGUGUCUGGUCAGCUUGCUGGUGACCUGGAUGAACACUGAGAUGUCCAAUUCGAACUUGAACAAGCUGACCAUCGCCGCCGUGGCCAAUCAGCUCUGUUUCACUAUCCAAACGCUCUCGACCAUUCGGCAGUUGCACAUCCAAUGGCCUGAGCCGGUGAAAAGCCUCAUCAGCCUCGCCGACUUGAUCACCAUGAUAGACCUUGACUUCUUGAAGAUUGCCUGUGCAAGCCAGUAUGAUCAUCCAGCUGUCAAGCUGAUAGGUCAACUACUGACGUUCCCGGUACUUGUAUUUGGCGUGGUGGGAAUUUGGCUGCUUCAACGUGCAUGCGGACGACAUCGAAUCCCUUUCGAUCACUUGUUCAACAUCAUGGGGCUGAUUCUGUUUGCAUUCUCAUUAGGCCUCUCGCUGACGACCCUGAUGCCAUUUCAGUGUUUGCCCAACCCCAACGGCACAAGCUCGAUGGCCAACAACCCUGGCGUGAUUUGCUACCGCUCCACUGAUCAUACGCUCUUAGCGUGCAUCGGUGCUGCUGGGAUCCUGGUGUAUCCUGCUGGCAUUAUCAGCUGGGCUGCUUGGACCACAUAUCAAUAUCCUGCUCGUGCAGCAUCAGGGAAGGGCUUGACUUUGCUAUACCGCUACCGCUUCUUCUUCCAGCGCUUCAAGCAAAAGUGUUAUGGGUUUGGGCUCUUUAUCUUGGUGCGAAACUUCAUCUUGGCUCUCACGCCAAUUGUUCUGGUGCCUGUACCUUCAUUGCAAGUUCCAAUGGUUGGUUUUUUCCUCUUGGUCAGCUUGGUGGCGCAGUUGCGCUUUUGGCCAUGGAGGACUAGGACGGCCAAUGUGGUCGAUAUGCUCAUGAACAGCUUCCUGAUGUUGACGUUGCUUGGAGUUGCUCCUUUGCUGGACAUCGACCAGGUGGAAGCCACAUUGGUUUUGGGGUACAUGCUAUGUGUUCCCGUUCUGGCCCCGGUGGUGCUCGCCCUGGGCGCGGUGGUGUGGUCGGGGUGCCGCUCAUGGGACAGCAGCCGAAAGUGGGACAUUUUCCUUUGCCAUCACAAAGGAGGAGGUGGAGCCUUAGCAAGGUACGUGAAGAUUAUGCUCACGAUGAAUUCCCAAGGGAAUUGCCGUGUAUUUCUCGAUGCUGAUUCCCUGGACAGCCUUGAUACACUCUUUGAAACGGUGCGCGACCGGACGCGGCAUUUUGUCAUUUUAUUGACCCAGCAACUCUUCAAGAGGAUGUGA